AUGGCAGAGUUCAACCGCUUUUCUGAUCUGCCCAGCGAGAUACGCCUCCAGAUCUGGGAGGCAGCCAUCCCUCGAUCCCCUUCUGUCCACUUCCUCUCAUAUCCAAAGAAGCGUGGCCCCACGACGCGCACUUAUCAGUGGCAAAGCGAGCUCGUCAACGUCAAUCGCACCAUCAACGUGAGCAACGAUCCUACCACAAACAAGCCAGACACGCGCACCAAGACUUGGGGCCGCUACUCGUCGUACCUCGCUAGGCUUACCAUGCUCCACGCCUGCAAAGAGUCGCGGAACGCCUCCCUCGCCUACGCUGCCUCAUGCACCAACCAUGUCAGCAACUCGCCCACUUUCGUGUCCACCAAGAACAGAUACACUCUCGACCAGGAGAAGGAUGUCAUCUGUAUCCAGGAUCCAGACUCGCGCUUCCCUUGGAACGCGCCACGAUACCUCGACUUGACUCCCAAGCUAGAUCCCAUGCGCAUUGCUCUCGAGUGUCGCCCGUAUCUCGACUGCAACGUGAACACUUUCGCAGAGGCACCUGAUGAGUUAGGUGACUGGGUGACAGAGUUGGCUGGAGGAUCUCACGCAGUUCCCGGCUUCGGGACUUCAAUUGGCAUUGGGGACUAUGAAUUGGCGUUGAAGGCAAUCUAUGUUCUGAGCUACGGCAUCAAGCCAAAAUACGCCAUUGUUGGUGAAACAUCCGGCAUCAGUGCUGGUGGAUCUGAACUCGCGAGUGGUGUAGGAGAGAAACAACCAGAUCCUUCGACUGAACAGUCACCUGGUCAGGCUGCUGAAUACAGCGAUAAAUUUCACGGCCACGGCGUGAUGUUCUAUGCUAUCUCUGCUAAGGACGCGGAGACCUGCACGGGCUGGAAUAUCCCCCAAGAGGCUUGGGACUUCUAUCACAACAUAUGUGCCCACACCCAGCAUCGCUAUGGUUUCGCAGUAGUCGACAGUUUGGAGGAGGCAAAGAAGGAGAUGUGCCACAUCUGUAUCGAGUUCCUGGCCUGCGUGAAGGCUUGA